UACCCACAAACAUGUUAUAUAACAAAACGGAAUUAUCUGCCACUACUUGCUCAUAUUCAUCUGACGAAAUGUCCAGUUCAAAAUCUUCAACAUCAUCGUCGUCGGGUUCACCGCAAUCGAUUAAGGAACGCCGCCGCAUGUUGCGUACUCCCAAGUGUGCCCGUUGCCGCAAUCACGGUGUCAUCAGCUGUGUCAAAGGUCACAAAAAGUUAUGUCGUUGGCGUGAAUGUACCUGUCAAAAUUGCCAACUGGUAGUGGAUCGUCAAAGGGUUAUGGCUGCCCAGGUGGCAUUAAGGCGUCAACAAACUUCAUUGGUCGAUGAAAGCCAUACAAAUGCCGAUGAGACCAACUCCGAUGAUAGUAAUUCGGGACAAUCGUGUCAUCAACCAGCUGCUGCUGCUUCGGCCGUCUACCAACGUACCCAGGAAGCUUUAAUGGAACAGAAAAAGAUUUACAAACAACGUUUAAGGAAUGUCCAACAGUCAACAUUGUAUGCCAAUGCUGCCAUGGAAAAAUACAAUCAACAUUUUUCUGCCUGGAAUUCACCACUCGUCGAGCGUAUACGUAAGCGUCGUGCCUUCGCCGACCCAGAAUUGAAUCAAGUUAGUGAUGUUACCCUCUUGAAUGCCGCCGCCGUUGUCAGCCAAAUUACUCAGCCGCAAACGAUGCUCUAUGAAUACGAAACUUUACAAAAUAACUAUCUAUUGCCAUAUCCUGCUGCUGCUACUAUCUCUAUGCCUACAAUCAAUGCCAAUUUCAUGCAUCCUUAUGUAACACCUGCCCAAGAAACAACAGCAACAGUCGAGGAAGUUCCCCAAACAGUGGUUAACAGCAAGAAACCGAAAUUAAGUUUUUCCAUAGAUGCCAUUAUGGGGUAUUAA